CAUAAAGGAAGGUUCCUCCUGUUUUGUUGUUCAGUUUCAGGCUGCCAGGAAAGAGAAUGUUUGGCUCUAGGGCUCUGCUCACUUUCUUCCUGUGCCUACACUCAAUAGGCCAGGCCAGACGGCUUCCCUGGAAGGGUUGGGCCAAGCACAUAGAGGGAAAGUGCCCCCAGUGCCAGGAGGAGAGAUGCCCCCCUGUGCCCCAGUGGUGCCCAUCAGGGAGGGUGCUGGAUGCCUGCGGCUGCUGCUGGGAGUGUGCCAAUGUGGAGGGGCAGCUGUGUGACAUGGCCUGGCAGGGGCACACGUUUGGAGCAUGUGGGGAAGGCUUGAGGUGCCAGCUGAGAGGAGGGCACCAUGUGAAUGAGCCCCAGUGUGUGUGUAACAGCCAGGAGAGUGUGUGUGGCACCGACAGGAGGACCUACAGGAACGUGUGCCGCAUGCAGGAGGCUGCCAGGACUCGCAGGAGGGCACAACUCACACUGGCCCAUGUAGGACCCUGCAAGGAAGCUCCUGCUGUUCUUACUGCCCCCCAGGAGACAGUUGCACUGGUUGGACAGAGGGUUAUUCUGGGAUGUGAGGUGACUGCUCAGCCGCUGGCAGAGUUGGAGUGGAGGAAGGAGGGUACCGAGGGGGCACUGCCAGGAAAGAGCAGUCACAUUAUUGUUCAGACCCGCGGGGGCCCUCAUCGAACCCAGGUGACCGGGUGGCUACAGAUUCACCAGGUGAGGGAAGAAGACGUUGGUCUGUACAUGUGCCAUGCUUGGAAUGCAUUUGGGGAGGUCACAGCAUCUGCACAACUGAAGGUCAUCUCUGCUGCAGAUUCAACUCAGACACCAGAGGUUAAUGGAGAACUUGAUGUGACUGAUGAUGAAGAUGCUUAUGAGCGAUCUAGAGAAGGUCCUUCUGGAUCCCAUGAGUGAG